CGCAGUUGCUGGCGCAAAGGUGGUUCUUUCUCGACUUAAAAGGAAUCCGAGGUCUAGGUGUGGAAACAGGAUGGAUUCCUCGGUUCCAACUCCUGAAUUCAAUGAGAAGCCACCAGUAAAGAGGGCAGGAAAACAAGUAUUGAAUGAGAAGCCGCCGGUUAAGAGAAAGAGAGCAAGAACAGAGGAAUUGAAUGAGAAGCCGUCAGUUAAGAAGAAAAAAAAAGAAGUGGGAUCGCAAACAAAUACUAGUGCGAGUGUGGUCGCCAUUGGUGAACUACAAGACUGCCCUAGUACAAGCAGUAGUCCUGAUGAAGGAAAUAGGAUGAUUAGUGAGACUGCCAAUGAUGAUCAGGAGUGCAUAAGCAACAUUCACGGCAAUGUGAAGAUGACCGAUUUUUCUGUUCACGAUUAUGUGCCGCUGAUGAGUGAUGUUUAUUCUGAUCCAAUAUGCUUGGGUGGUGAAUAUGGUGCUACUACUAGCGAUGAAGAAAUUCUUUUACAUGCUGAAGAAUUUCUUCUAGGCUUUGACCAAUGGUUGGGAACGGUUGAAGGUGAAUCACCACAAGAACAUCCUCAAAUUGACGAAUGCAGCCAACCGUCGGAUGGAAUCAGAUACUGGACGGACUGCUUGUGGAUGAGCGAUUCUGUGAAUGAUCAAUAGAGGAGAUGUAGAAGGGACGGCAGCUGUCUAAUUUCCACAGCGUCAGAAGCACAGUUUUUUAUCAGGAGAAACUUUAAUCGUCUUUCUUAGUAUAUAUUUUAUUUUGUUUGGUUCUUUAGUUAAUUGAGAAAUUUGGUGUAGGUGUUUUCCUUGGCUUCCUUCUCUGCCUUACUGAUCCAUUGCAUGCCUCUUCAUUUUGCAGCCAACGGGUCUACUGUGUUCUCCCAUUCAUGUACCGAAGGACACAUGUCCUUAUGUAAAUUCUAGUUUUUCUGGGACGUGGUUGAACGGUGAAGCUAGUGACCCCUUGGAUGAUCAGUUUCCACUGUGUAUUCGAGGCAAAAAACUCAUCCGGAUCUGCUUCAAACACGAACUGUGAAUGUUAUGUUUAUGUACUUAAACAGAAGUUUCCUGCAAGCACACAUACCUGCAUACUAUUCAUAUAUACGUGGGUGGGUUCAUGUGUUUACGAUCUUCAUUUUUGAACGGAGUAGCUGGUAACAGACGUGUUUAACAAUAUGAUCUUGUUAUUGUAGAAAAAUAGAAUGAUAUUUAAACUUUUGUAGAUCUGAAAUAGUAUGAUCAAUCUUAAUUGAUCAAACUCUGAUGACAGAUGCAAGGAAAAUCGUAUUAUGUUCAUCGAUGCAAGGCUAGAUAUUAAGCUUAGCCAACUACGCAAACAUGA